AUGAAGCGUGGUGCCAAACGGUCGGCCAUGCUUUCCUGUAGCAAGUUUCCGACAUGGCUUGCUUGGAUGUAUUGUUGUUUUACGAAUGUCGGUGCUUUCAAGCUGACGAGCAUCCAUCUCAACACGACUGGCCCGGACGCUAGCAAUUUGUCGGAAGGGGACCGGAACGUGACCGAUCUUCUCGCCAAGACCUUGGUCGGUGAAAUGCAGGACCUUCACGGCAUCCCCGAUCCCAAGGAGAAGGGCGAGAAGGGCGGGGCCAUCGGCGAGCUAGGCAAGAGCUUGGAGUUCUUGAUGCUCAAGGUCGCCCAGCUUGAGACCCUCGCGGAGUUGCAGCAGGCAGAGCUCGGGAUGGCUCAGAAGGAGCUCGGCGAGCAGCGCACUUUGAUUGAGAAGCUUCAGAAGAAAAUCGGUCCUGAUGAAGCAGAAGUGUCAAUGGCGCAGACGCAGAAGAGUUCCGAGGAGAGAGUGCAGGAAGCCCAUGACAUCUUGAAAAGGGUGGUCCAGAAGCACGCUCGCCAGCGGCAGCACAAGGAGUACCAUCCGGAGGCGCACGAAAAGCCGCAGCAGGCAGUGCAAGCAGAAGAGGAGGAGCUGGAGGAAGAGGAGGUUUCAGAAGGCGUCAGCCCCGGACAGUGGCCGAGAUCCCUGCUCCAAAGGCGUGAACGCUUGAUUCCAGGGGUUCCAAUACCCGGCCUGCGGCGCCGAGUAGAGAAACACAUCGAGAAGGGAAUCAACGAGGGCGUGAAGUACGCCAAGGAGGGCGCCAAGUACGUCCACCAGGGAGUCGACGAAGCCGUCAAAACGUUGGACGGCACCGGACUCACCGGGGGCGCAUUGACCGAGGCCUACACGGCCGCCAAAGAGGCGGGGAAUGCCGCCGAUUUCGUGGCGAACACCGCAAUCUCCACGGUGGAAAUGGCCGUGUCGAUUCUAACGGCAGGCUUCGACGAUUGGGAUGCGACUUGCAGCAACGAUGCUCCUCGCCUUGGCAUGAAUGGAAGAACGUUCGAAAUCAACUUCGGGCGCCAGCACUGCAAGGUCUCCCUCAUGGAACAAGAGAUGACUCUUUACGAUUUCAACUGGGGCAAGAAAACAGUAAACCUGCCCACGCUGCCCGACAAGGUGCAGAAAGUUGCUGAUGGCAACGUUAAGGAUCUUCUGCCCAACCCGUUGAAGACGGUUGCGGAUGGCAACAUCCAGAAUCUUCUGCCCAACCCGUUGAAGACAGUUGCCGAUGGCAACAUCCAGAAUCUUCUGCCCAACCCGUUGAAGACAGUUGCCGAUGGCAACAUCCAGAAUCUUCUGCCCAACCCGUUGAAGGCAGUUGCCAAUGGCAAUAUCCAGGAUCUUCUGCCCAACCCGUUGAAGACAAUUGCCGAUGGCAACAUCAUGCAGCUUAUACCUGCAAUGCAAGUUCUUGGAGGUGGCCAGCCGAACUCCCUCAAAAACAUGCUAACCCUGGGCAACGCACUCAUGGAUUGUGCCGGCGCUGAGGAAAGUGACCUGGUCAAGUGCCUCGGCAUUAAGAUCAUCUCAAACAGUCCUCCACUGAACUUCUUGAACCGCCUGGGGGACAUCUUCGAAGAGUUCGUCGGGUCUUUUUCCAAGGUGGCCGCGGCCCUAAGCAGCCAAGCCAUGAAGAACGGGAAGUCCCUGCUCCAGGCGGCCACCACAAGUGAGUUCCCAAAAGCUGGUGCGCCGGCCGUGGUGCACCAUCAAACGCCCAACUUCAUCAUCAGCAAGCACUCGCAGCGGGCCCCUAGAAACGCUGUUCUCUUGCAGGAGCGGGACGAUGAUGACGAAGACGAUCCUCAGGCCGCAGUGAGUUGGAGCUUCAGCGACUACGGUCCCGAAAUCCGCGCCUUGGUCACGCAGUUCGACGGCAGGGAGACGUCGACGGGCUCCUGCCUGGCCUUUGCGCCCAGGAACAAGACGGGGAGCAACAACCAGGCGACCAAGGAGGAUUGGCAGGCUGCAAGCGAGGACGACUUUGUCAAGUUGGAGCCUUGGGCUGUGCCCUGCAGCAACAAGUGGAUGAAGGAUAACUGGGACAAGUGGCAAGGCUAUUCUUUCUACACCUCGGACAUGCAGAUUGAGAAGUGCGUCACGGUGACCUUCCAGUUGAACAUGCAGCCUGUGAUUGCUUUCGUAGGCGGCAUCCAGUUCGACUUGCUUCCGGGGCCGUUAGCUGAAGUGAACACCCAAGUCUGCUGGCCGCAAACUCAGCCGGGUGGCCUCGACUUGAGCGUCCUGCGCUCCGAGAUCAAGUCCAACGGCAUCCUCCUCUUCAGCCGGACGCUGCGCCUCUCCAAGCGUUUCGGCGAGGACACGCAUUUCAAGGCUUCGAACAUCAACGGAGGCCACGAAACCGUGAAAAGCUACUUCGCCGUGUCUGAGGCAAACGGCGAGAGUUCAGACGGCAUGGUCUCCAUCAAGCGAUCCGCUCUCCUGGAAAGCAACCGCAGCCUCCGCAGUGAAGAAGAGAAGGUGCAGGAGUCCCUGUACUGGAAGACGGAGGAGGACGACCUGUACCUGGCCUCCGUGGAGUACGGCCAGGACCUGGGCGUGAACACCACCUCCAAGUCGCAAGGAAGGGCGGCGGAGGAGGUGAUCCGCCGAAGCGAGGAGAGCCAGGAGAGCUUCGAGCUCUUUAGCUUCAAGAACUCUGGCACAGUGAACUUCAAAGUCACGGGCCUGCUGUCAGGCAAUGUGCUUCAGCUUGGAUUGCAGAUGGGCUUUGGUCCCCUCUAUCAGAGCCCGGAAAAGGUCAUCGACCUGGUGGACAUCGCGGACCAGUUUGCCUUGAUUUUGAUGGCGAUGCCCGACGACAUCGUGUCCUUGGCGAGUCGCUCCCGGGCUAUUGCAGCAUUGAAGGACUUCUCGCGCGGGGAUGUCCAAGAGACGAAGAGCAAGGCCAAGCCGAACAUUGUGGAGGAUCCGGACGAGGGUUGGUUCUUCAACGUCAACUCACCUCCGUCCUCCUCGGGCAAGCAGCGCCCUGUUCAGGCUGAAGAUCCUCUCGUGGAGUGUCAGGGGAGCCACGUGACCGGCUCAUGUGCGGAUAAGCCGGAAGCGGAGUGCGAAAGAUACUUCGUGACAGAUGGGCUUAGCCACAUGCAGUGCGCUUGGGUGGACGGGAGAUGCCUGAGCAUGGGCACCCGUUGCUUCACCACCACCAGUACCACAACCACGACAUCAACCACGACGACAUCUACCACGACCACUACUACACUUGCCAUAAAUGCCCCAUCUCCCUCCGAACUCGAGCACGGCUUAGAGUGCGAUUACUUCUACGACCAGGCUCAGUGCAAUGUUCCGGACCUCGCGUCCCUGACCCCCGCCCACCGGGAAAUCCUGCCAAGUAUCGACAUGCAUGGCGGCAAAUUCCCCCAUGUUCGGCAACAGGACAACUUUUGUCUCCGCUGCAAAGGGUAUUUGCGCACCAAGAAGUCGGGCAACUACAAGUUCUACACCGCCUCUGACGACGGCUCUCUGCUGUACCUGAACGGGGCUAAGGUCGUCGACAACAACGGCUGCCACGGUGAACGUGAGAGGUCAAGCGAGGACAAGUUCCUUUCGGGAGGUACUCACCAGCUCGUGGUAGAAAUGUGCGAGAAUUCUAUGGGCGAGGCCUUCAAGAUGCGCUAUGAGGGACCAGAUACCGGUGGCUCCAAGGUCACGGUGCCCGGGUCCGCUCUCAAACACGAACACAAGCGGUUGGCAGACGGCCUCGAGUGCGACUACUUCUACGACCAGGCUCAGUGCGAUGUCCCGGACCUCGGACGUCUGACCCCCUCGCACAGCGCAGUUCUGCCGAACAUUCACAGUGGCAACACUUUCCCUCACGUCCGCCAAACCUGGAAUUUCUGCAUGCGGUGCAGCGGCUAUCUGAGCACCCAGAACUCGGGCAACUACAAGUUCUACACCGCCUCCGACGAUGGUUCUCUCCUGUACCUGAACGGCGAGAAGGUCGUCGACAACAACGGCUGCCACCCCGAGCGCGAAAGGUCAAGCCAUCAGAAGCUCCUUGGACCAGGUGUCCACCACCUAGUCGUUGACAUGUGCGAGAAGAGUGGCGGGCAAGCCUUCAAGAUUCGAUAUGAGGGACCAGACACGGGUAAUUCCAAGGUCAUAGUGCCCACGUCUGCUCUCAAACACGACGUGAAGCCUUUCUAUGCGGACGGCUUGGAUUGCGACUACUUCUACGGCAAGGCCCAGUGCGAUGUUCCUGAGCUCGCCUUCCUCACCCCGGCGCACAGUGCUAUCCUGCCGAACAUCAACAUGGACGGCAGCAAUUUCCCCCACGUCCGCCAGACCUGGAACUUCUGUAUGCGGUGCAGCGGCUUUGUCACAACCUCGAGCUCUGGUGAGUACAAGUUCUACACCGCCUCCGACGACGGAUCUCUCCUGUACCUGGACGGGGAGAAGAUCGUCGACAACAAUGGCUGUCACGGUGAACGCGAGAGGUCCAGUGAAAGCGUGUACCUUGCAAAGGGCAGCCACCGCCUAGUUGUGGAGAUGUGCGAGAAGAGUGGCGGGCAGGCCUUCAAGAUGCGAUACAGGGGACCGGAUACCGGUGGCUCCAAAGUCACGGUGCCGGCGUCUGUGCUCAAACACGAGGUCGUGCGAGCAUCAGACGGCCUCGAGUGCGACUACUUCUACGGCAAGGCACAGUGCGACGUUCCCGACCUGGGAGGUUUGACCGCCGCGCACACUGCAAUUCUGCCGAACAUCAACAUGGAUGGCAACAAUUUCCCCCACGUCACCCAGACCUGGAACUUCUGCAUGCGGUGCAGCGGCUAUGUGAGCACUAAGAAAUCGGGAAACUACAAGUUCUACACCGCGUCCGACGACGGCUCUCUUCUGUACCUGAACGGCGAGAAGGUCGUCGACAACAAUGGCUGCCACGGUGAACGCGAGAGGUCCAGCCAUCGCAGGUACCUGACACAAGGUCUCCAUCAUGUAGUCGUUGACAUGUGCGAGAAGAGUGGCGGCCAGGCCUUCAAGAUGCGGUAUGAGGGACCAGAUACGGGUAAUUCGAAGGUGAUAAUACCAAUGUCCGCCCUCAAGCACCAGGCCAAGCGACCUCUGACGGAGGGCUUGGAGUGCGACUACUUCUACAAUCAGGCGCAGUGCGACGUCCCGGACCUCAAAGGCAUGACCGCUGCACACACUGCAAUUCUGCCGAAUAUCAACAUGGACGGCAGCAAUUUCCCAAAUGUUCGCCAAACCUGGAACUUCUGCAUGCGGUGCAGUGGCUAUGUGAACACGAAGAAGUCGGGCAACUACAAGUUCUACACCGCCUCCGACGACGGCUCUCUCCUGUACCUUGAUGGUCAGAAGGUCGUCGACAACAACGGCUGUCAUGGUGAACGCGAGAGGUCCAGUGAAAGCAUCUCCCUUGCAGAGGGUACUCACCGCCUGGUGGUGGAGAUGUGCGAGAAGAGCGGGGGCCAGGCUUUCAAGAUGCGAUACGAGGGACCAGACACCGGUAAUUCCAAGGUUGUGAUGCCGAGAUAUGCUCUCAAACAUGAGGCCAAAGACUUUGCAGACGGCCUGGAGUGCGACUACUUCUACGGCAAGGCACAGUGCGAUGUCCCGGACCUCGCGGUCCUGACCCCAGCACACACUGCUAUCCUGCCGAAUAUCAACAUGGAUGGCAAUUUCCCAAAUGUUCGCCAAAGCUGGAACUUCUGCAUGCGCUGCAGCGGCUUUGUCACAACCUAUAGCUCGGGCGACUACAAGUUCUACACCGCCUCCGAUGACGGCUCUCUGCUGUACCUGGACGGCGAGAAGGUGGUCGACAAUAGUGGCUGCCACGGUGAGCGCGAGAAGUCCAGUGAAAGCAUGUUCCUUGCAAAGGGCAGCCACCACGUAGUGGUGGAGAUGUGCGAGAAGAGUGGCGGCCAGGCCUUCAAGAUGCGAUACGAGGGAGCUGCCCUCUGCCGCCGGCGUCAGCCCGAGGUACCAGCGGUUUCCUUCUUGACGAGGCGAAGAUUCUGUCUCGCGGAGGCUCUUGCUUGCGUUCUGCAAUCGUUGCGAAUCAGGGGCUGCCUUCCACCCUUGCGGCUGCGACGGUGUCAGCCCAUGCCAAGGCGUGGGAUUUGGUGUCGUGUCGAGUGGGGCUGCCCUCCACCCUUGCGGAGCUGCGGUCGAAAGUGGUGCAUGCAGGUCUACGCCGCCUUCCUGCUCCAUGACUGCCAGAGCUUGGAGUUUAAGACUUAG